UUUGAUCCUUGUCGAAGGGUAUUUUCGUCUAUCAAUAAAGCGACGAUUACAAAAACCCUAACUGGCUCCCUCAUCAUUUUUAAGCUUGCCCGCCUCUUCAACCCGACUCAGAUUCAACAGCUCCAUCCAUCUGCCUUCUCUAACCUCAACACUGCAAUGGCGUCGGAGAAGAAGCUUGCGAACCCAAUGAGGGAAAUAAAAGUUCAGAAGCUGGUACUCAACAUCUCCGUGGGUGAAAGCGGCGAUCGGCUCACACGUGCCGCCAAGGUCCUGGAACAACUCAGUGGCCAAACACCUGUUUUCUCCAAGGCUAGGUACACUGUCAGGUCAUUUGGUAUCAGGAGGAACGAAAAGAUUGCUUGUUACGUUACAGUUAGAGGAGACAAGGCGAUGCAGCUUUUGGAAAGCGGUUUGAAGGUCAAGGAGUACGAGCUUUUGAGACGCAACUUCAGCGAAACUGGCUGCUUUGGUUUCGGCAUUCAGGAGCACAUUGAUCUCGGCAUCAAGUAUGAUCCAUCAACUGGUAUCUAUGGUAUGGAUUUCUACGUUGUUCUUGAGCGCCCAGGAUAUCGUGUUUGUCGUCGCCGCAGAUGCAAGUCACGCGUUGGAAUUCAGCAUAGAGUUACCAAGGAGGAUGCAAUGAAGUGGUUCCAGGUCAAGUAUGAAGGAGUAAUCCUUAACAAGGCCCAAAACAUUAGUGCUUAAGGAGUUGUGUUACAGAUUUGUUAAGUUACUUAAAGUUUUGGUCAGUUGUCUGAUUCAUUUUGAGCAGUCUAUGAUUUCUCUUAAGAGAUUUAAAUUGGUGGAUUUUAAAGUACCAUAUGUGGUGAUCUUCUUUGUUAUUUAUUAGAAUAUCGUAGUAGUAAUGCAUAGUUCCUUACCUACCUGCAA